GCCUUUUCUUUCUCCCCUCCAACUUGUAAAUAAAGCAUUCAAUAAUUAAAAAUGGCGUCUCAUACUCAAGUCGCUUUACCUCUCCCUGUCCUUCCAGAAGGAUGGUCCGCCGAGAAGGAUUUCAACGCCGUUGGCAGCGUUUCUGCUGCAACUCAACGAAGCCUUGAGCCUGUUGGUCCUCACUUUCUCGCUCACGCCCGCAGAGCUCGUCACAAGCGUACCUUCUCUGAGGAUGACCGUCUCGAAGCCCAGAACAACGUCAAGAAAAUCGAAGAUGAUGACCUUGGCGAGAUCAGCGAAGCUGAAGACCCAAUGAUGUUGUCCAGAGAUGCUAAGGACUGGAAGAACCAAGAUCACUAUGCUGUUCUCGGGCUCAGCAAAUACAGAUACAAGGCUACAGAAGAUCAAAUCAAGAAGGCACACAGAAAGAAGGUCUUGAAGCAUCACCCUGAUAAGAGAGCUGCCACCGGUGCCACCGAAGAUGACAACUUCUUCAAGUGCAUUCAAAAGGCCACCGAUCUCCUCCUUGAUCCCGUCAAGCGUCGCCAAUUCGAUUCCGUUGAUGAAGCCGCCGAUGUUGCACCACCAUCCAAGAAAGACCAAAAGGACCAGAAACUCUUUUACAAGAAGUGGAACUCAUGUUUCAAGGCCGAGGGUCGUUUCUCCAAGGUGCAGCCAGUCCCCAAGUUUGGUGAUAUCAACAGCUCCAAGGAGGAGGUCGAGAAUUUCUACAACUUCUUCUACAACUUCGAUUCAUGGAGAUCGUUUGAAUACCAAGAUGAGGACGUUCCAGAUGAUAACGAGAACCGUGAUCAAAAAAGACACAUGGAGCGUAAGAACAACAACGCACGUAAGAAGAAGAAGACCGAGGAUUCUGCUCGUCUAAGAAAAUUGUUGGAUGAUGCUUCCGCUGCUGAUGAGCGUAUCAAGCGUUUCAGACAAGAAGCAAGCAAGGAGAAGAACAAGAAGAAGUUCGAGAGAGAGGAAGCUGAGGCCAAGGCCAAGGCUGAGAAGGAAGCUCAAAAAUUGGCCGCCGAGAAGGAAGCCAAGGAAGCCGAGGAGAAGGCUAAGGCCGACAAGGAGCAAGGAAAGAAGGCCAAGGAAGCCGCUAAGGCAGCUGUCAAGAAGAACAGACGUAUCUUGAAGGGCAGUGUCAAGGAUGCCAACUACUUUGUCGGAAGUGGAGAUGCACCAGCAUCUGCUAUUGACGGUGUCUUGAACGAUGUUGAGUUGGUUCAAGGCAAGAUCGAUCCCGAUGAGUGCGCUGCUUUGGCUGGCAAGCUCAACGGCUUGAAGAUCGCCGAUGAGAUCAAGAGUGUCUGGAGCGAGGAGGUCAAGAGAUUGGUUGGUGCUGGUAAGCUCAAGGAGGGUGAUGCCAAGAACCUUGCUUAGAGUUUAGAAUCUUGUACUUGUACAUGAUGGGGCGUAGUGGUAGAAAUAAUUAGAUAUAGAAUGAUACUUCAUGACCUUUCUAGUAA